CGCAGCUGAAUUAGCUAGCAUCAGAACGUCUUAAGUAAGCUCAACUUCCAUAUAUGGGAUAUCAAUCUGAUAUAUUCCCAACCUUAUUAUCAAUAUUCAAUAAUUUCAUCUCUGUUCUCUGAUCUAGCUACAACAUAAUCUUCUUAGCUUACUGGUCCCUACUCCCUGAAUUUAACCUCAUUUCCCCACCCAAACUACUAUACCCUUCUCUUUCACCUCAUUCUGGUUAUUAUAUAUAUGCAUCUGGCGGCUGGAAGAAUUGAAUGGACAUAGAAAAAGAUAAUAAAGCACCUUCUUCUUCCAUGGACAAAGAUACAGACCAAGCUGCUUCUGUCGAUGCCCCUUCUUCGAAAUUCAUCGAGUCUCAGGUUGUUGUUGAUCAUGUUGAUGGACAAAAUCACAGGAAGGGAAGAUGAGGCUCUUGGACUCAUGUACCGGAGAUGGAUCAACAGAUAGGCACGGAAAACCGGCACUGAAGAGGAAAACUGGUGGAUGGAGAUCAGGGAUCCUGAUAUUAGCCAGUGAGGGAUUGGCCACACUUGCUUUCACAGGAGUGGAAGUGAACAUGGUCCUUUUCUCCAAGUCUGUGAUGAGAAAAUCAAACGCAGAUGCUGCCAACUUCUUUAGCAGGUGGAUGGGUACCCUUUACAUUUUCUCCCUCUUAGGAGCUUUCCUCAGUGAUUCUUACAUGGGAAGAUAUCUCACUUGUAUAAUCUUCCUUGCUGUCAUGAACUUUGGGUUGGUGGCACUGUCAUUGCUAACUCACGUGUUCAUGCUUGUGCCAAAAGGGUGUGGAAGGAUAGGAGAAGUAUGCGAUCAACAAUCAAUGGUUGAAGUGGCAAUGUUCUACGUGUGCAUGUAUUUACUAGCAAUUGGGAGUGGGUCCAUAGAACCUGUACUAGCAACCUUAGGAGCAGACCAAUUCGACGAAGAAGAUCCUGAGGAGAGCCGAUCGAAGACCAAAUUCUACAGCUACUAUUACGUUGCUUUAAACCUCGGGUCCCUUGUGGCAGAAACAGUUUUGGUGUAUAUGGAAACUUUAGGGAAAUGGGUGUUUGCCUUUUGGAUAUCUACCUUCUGUGGGUUUGCUGCAUUGAUUUUGUUGAUCGCAGGGGCAUAUCGGUAUCGUCACAUCCGGCCGUCAAAGAACCCUGUGUGCAGGUUCUGUCAGGUGAUUGUGGCUUCUUUGAGAAAAUUAAAGCUUCAAGUUCCAUUGAAUGGAGAAGGGUUGUAUGAAGUUCAUGGAAGUGCUGAUAAAUGUAACAGAAGGAUCUCUCAUACAGAUGGUUUUCAGUUUCUUGAUCGAGCAGCGAUCAUGGUCUCCACAGACAUGACUUUGUUGCCAGACAAAACUGAAGUUCUAAAUCCAUGGAGGAUAUGCACAGUCACCCAGGUGGAGGAGGUGAAAUGUGUGCUCAGACUACUCCCAAUAUGGCUUUGCACAAUAUUGUCGUCCAUAGUGUUCGUCCAGGUUCUCUCCCUCUUUGUGGAACAAGGAGCAGCCAUGAACACCAAGAUCUUAACCUUCCACAUGCCUCCGGCCAGCAUGACAUCAUUCGACAUCAUCAGCACGUCCACCUUCAUCAUAUGCUACGAGAACAUCAUACUCCCACUAUAUGUCAAGUUAAUGAAAAGAAAGCCAAAGCCGCCAAGCGAGCUUCAGAGGAUAGGGGUAGGUCUGGUCAUUUCGAUCAUUGCCAUGGCCGUGGCUGGUGUAGUUGAGCAGCAAAGGGUCAGGUAUGCUAAUGGAGAGGAAGAGACGAGUUCGCUAAGCAUUUUCUGGCAAACCCCACAGUAUGUUCUUGUGGGAAUAGCCGAAGCGUUCGUUUACGUCGCACAGUGGGAAUUCUUUGCAUCACAGAUCCCAGACAGUCUCAAGAGUAUGGGGCUCGGCUUGUCUAUGUCCUCUUCCGCCUUAGGUAGUUACCUGUGCAGUAUUUUACUGACUACUGUGAUGAAGAUCACGGCUAGGGAUGGGAAGCCGGGGUGGGUCCCACCGAAUCUCAACGAUGGCCACCUGGACAGAUUUUUCUUCCUGUCUGCUGCUGUGGUUGUGUUGGAUCUUCUGUUGUUCAUCUUUUGUGCUAAGCGGUACAAAGGUAUAGUGCUAGAAAAACGGGAGGAAACAGUUGAGACUUAUAGCUGAAGAGUAUGU